AUGGCAAUGCGGAAGAAAAUGGUGAACUUUGUCGAAGAUGAGUACAAUAUCAGUCGACAACUGGAGCUUUGUGAUCAUUGCCAUCGCAUUGAGGCAGCCUCUCAACAAGAGGGUACGCUGACGUAUCGCUUGUACUCCGAUUACGCCGAGCACGGAGAUCUGAGCGAGCUUCUCAAAGUUUAUUACCAGGAAGAGAGUCUGGACAAGCAAAUACCCGAGCAGUUUAUCUGGAUGGUCUUUCUUGCGCUGGCCGAUGCCAUAUGUACCCUAAACACGGGGGUGUGCGGAGAGACGCUCGACGAAGAUAAGACGGCGGAAGGAGCAGAGGAUGGCUCAAAAGUCGCAAAAGAGGGACAAAAGACAAAGAAAGGAAAGCGAGGGGGAAACAAGCCAACGAGGAAGUUCACAGACAGCAUGGUGCACUUGGAUGUCAAGCCAGCGAACAUCUUUCUCAGUACCGCUAAAGAACCCUAUCUAGCGUACCCAAAGACUCUCCUUGCUGACUACGAUGUCGUCAAGACGAUCUCACCAAACACAGAUGCUUUAGAGGGUAGGAAAGAUUGGGGUACGAAGGGAUUCCAAGCCCCAGAGAUUAUCGUAGAGGCAGCACAUCAUCAUGCUGUCAAUGCCGAAGCAGAUAUUUGGUCGCAUGGAAUGGUCAUCUGGAAACUGAUGCAUACUACGCUUGGAAGAGAGACGUCGGACCAGAUAUGCGAGGACAGCAUCAAAGCUUCGUUCCAAUUUGCAGAAGGCAAUACGUUCACAUCGACAGACAUUCCAGGUUACGAUGCGAUGUAUUCCAAUGUCUUGCACCAGCUAGUAAUUGACUGUCUCCAGGUCAAUCCAGAAAAGCGACCAGGUUACGAAAUGCUGAGAAAAAAAGCGAAAGCGGAGUUCGAGAGAUCGCAGAGACGGUUAGGUCCGGUCUUGUCGGGUGAUAAGAUGGGUAAUGAUAUUUCCGGUCACCUCCGAGUCCUUAGGAAAGAAGAGUUGGAGUAUAAGCUAGGGGACAUGUUUGUGGAGCCUUUGAGUAAGAGGAGGAAGAAUUAG